GUUGAGCGCCGGUGCAGGUCCGAGAGGACGGACUGUGUUGUGUGUUUGCUAGUUCGGGACUUGGAUUGUUAGCUGUUAGCCAGCUAGCUAGUUUCAUAUAGUGUCUCAGUGUUGCCCUCUAUUUAGCUAGCGGUGUGGCUAUUGUGACGUUUACUAUACUCCUGGCUGUCUUUCUUUUUCUCGCCCGCUAUUUUAGAUUUAUCAGUAGCAUUUAUAAUCCUGUGCCAGAGCAUUUAUAAGGAGCAGUACUUAGGAUCCACAGGAGAUGCCACUCAGGUUUCGGUCCUUUGUCCCGUACACACUUCCUGGAGUGCUUGCACUCAUAGGCUGGUGGUGGUACAUUUCUCGCAAGAAAGCGCGGCUCACCAGCCAUGACCGGGACGAGGAACCGGUUGCGGGCGUACUGGCUUCCCCUGCUAAGGGCACUAAUGGAAUGGUGGAGACUACACAUGGCAGACCCUGCUUAGACAAACCCAGUGCCAAAGAACCGGUGUCUGCUGAGCAGGAGGUUGUAGCACAGAUUCACACAAUGGCAACAAGCGCCUCAGUAGAAGAACCAGUCAGCUCCCCAGUGGUAGUGAAAAAGCUGGGUACUCCUCCUCAUCCAUGCAGCAUUGCAACUGCAGACUCCCAAAAGAGCAGCCUUGAAGUGGCCAGUGAAAAGUCUCCAAUCUUAGCCUUGACACCAUCAAAUCUAGUUGAGAUGAGUCCUCCACAUGAGAGACCAGAGGUAGUUGUGCUAAGCAAUGAGUCAUGCCAGUUGACUGCUGAAGCAGAGCUGGACACUUCUGGUUCACUGAGCCAGUCUUGGGAUCAAACACUCGACAAACAGGAGACUGACACUAAGGAAAUGGCGCCACUUAUAUGCCAGGCUGUGGAGUUGUCCAAAGCGGAGCGCCCAGAGCCUGAAGGAGAGGUGGCUGAUGAUGUAUUGGCUGUGCCGUUUGCUGAGAACCUCCAAGCAGACUUGGCAAAAAACAGUUUAUCCUCCACCAAAGAUGACUUGGCCGCCGCUUCACCAAUGACUGGGGAUCAGUACACUCAAGCUGCAUCGCAGCAAUCGCUUGGUCUUGACAGUCCUUUACUUCCUGCCUCAUUUCCAGUUUCCACCAGCUCACCGGUCUUAAACGAUUUCAUACAAGUCCAGAGCCAUGAGAAUGGAGACCCGCGCUGUGAAGUUGAGAGCAGUGACAGCAUGGUAGAGCUGCAACGCCUUGCAGCCGGUCUCAUCACUGAAGUCAUUUUAGCAGCUACCCAGGAGGUCAUGGCAGUCAGCAGCUCCACGUCUCAGCUCAGUGAGGGUCCGGAGGCUGCUUGCAGCAUCACAUCUACUUUAAACGGAAAAGAAAUCAUCAGGGAAGAAGAUGAAUGUGUGUCUCAGGUGGAUUCCUCUUCAGAAGGCUGCAAAGAUCACGUAGAGCAGCAUGCAGUACAGAUCGCCAAGGAGGUCAUCAAUGGCUGCCUCACUCCCUCUGUAUGGGAGAAGUCUGAGACGCAGAACAGUUUUGCUCUCCGUGACCAUCAGGAACAGUUAGAAUCGACUCAGAUCCUGCCCGAGGUCCAGGCCAAAGAAGAGGCUGUGAUGGGAACAGAGGAUUCUGGGUGUAGCACUUGUCAGUCAGAGGAUGGCAUCAGCAACGAGGAUCUUGUCAUCAGCACAGAAUUGUCAUCAGUAGUGCAUGACUGCAAAGAGGACCUUAUUCAGAUUUCAGGGAUCUCGACUUCAGAGGAAAAAGGUGAUGGACAUCAGGAAAGCUCUGAUUCAGCAGUCCUGGAGGAGACUGUGCUGAGAGUGGAGCAUGCAACAGCUACCUGUGCACUAGCACAGGUGAAUGGGGAAGCUUUCAGGAAUGGAACCAGUGAAGCAGAAGCUGAUCAGUCCGGAGGAUCGGAUGUGAACAGUAUGGAUUCAGUAGACAGCUACUCCGCUUUGGGUACAGGAAACGAUCAACAGAGUGGCAGCCAGGCCAGUCAAAGCUCCGAGCUGAUUGUGUGGGAAAUAGAGGUGCCGAAGCAUCUAGUUGGUAGAUUAAUUGGAAAACAAGGAAGGUAUGUCAGCUUUCUGAAGCAGAGCUCUGGUGCAAAGAUCUACAUCUCAACUCUGCCUUACACCCAAGAGUUUCAGAUCUGCCAUAUAGAGGGCGCCCAGCAGCAGGUAGAUAAAGCACUGGCCUUGAUUGGUAAGAAGUUUAAAGACCUGGACCUGACCAACCUGUACGCUCCUCCAUCGUUGCCCCUCUCACUGCCCUCCCUGCCCAUGACUUCCUGGCUCCUGCUUCCAAACGGCGUAACAGUGGAGGUGAUCGUGGUGAACAUCGUCUCUGCGGGCCACGUGUUUGUCCAGCAGCACACACACCCUACAUACCAUGCUCUGCGCAGUCUGGACCAGCAGAUGUUCCUGUGUUACUCUCAGCCUGGCACUCCUGCCCUGCCCUCACCUGCUGAAAUUGGUGUGAUCUGUGCGGCUCCUGCAGUGGAGGGAGCGUGGUGGCGAGCACAGGUUAUCUCCUUCUACAAGGAUUCCAAUGAAGUGGAGAUCCGAUACGUGGACUACGGCGGCUACGACCGAGUGAAGAUUGAUACUCUUCGUCAGAUUAGAUCUGACUUUGUGACGUUACCGUUCCAAGGGACGGAGGUGUUAUUGGAUAACAUCGCACCUCUUCCUGGAGAGGAUGGCUUUUCAGCUGAAGCCAACUCUGCACUGGAGGAGAUGACACAAGGACUACCUUUGCUUGCACAGGUCACAAAUUACGACAAUAACACAGGCCUUCCCUUAGUACAAAUGUGGAACAUGGUUGGAGAUGAGGUGAGUGAAUUCUGUCUCGAGAAUAGAUCUUUACUCAUUAUUUGUGCUCUUAAUAAUUUGUCAUUUUGUCCUGGAUUUAAAGCAGCUCUUUUAAGUUUAUAGUUAGAUUUUUUUUUUUUUAAUGUGAUGAUAGUGAAGGUUUUGACAGGGGUUUGACAGUGUACAGACCAAACAUGUUCCCAGCAGAAAACACAGGACAGGGUAGAACUGCUCCUGGCUUGUGGAUACUUUCACUUUGUGUUGACCUUUUUUUUUUCUUUUCUUUUCUUUUCUUUUUCUUUCUCCCCUCCCCUUUGACCUAUGCAUUUGCAAAUAUUGGGCCUCAUUUAUCAAUCUUUUAGUAAAGUUCUGUGUAAAUGUUGCUCAAGUCAAACCGAAGUAAAAACAUCUGCCAGAUUUACAAAAGUUUUGAAAAUGCUGAUUUUCUUCACAUUCGCUUGUAUGUUCAUCACCCAUAAAGUGUGAAGCCCAACACAGCUCAUUUGCAUCUAGUGACUCCCAUAAAACUCCAUAAAAAGUCAAGUGCACAGAAAGCUGGAAACACAAAAUGACUACUAAAUGGUGAAAGAAAGGAAGAAGUGGAAGUUAUUUUGACUCCCUUCUGUGCCAGUAAAAAUAUCUUGGAGGUAAAAGAUCUGCACUGUACCCAGAUGAUCAUGACACCAAGCACAUCACACACGAAACUGAUAUUUUUAAAAAUCGUUUCAAGUGUCUCGGCUGAUAUGCUGGAUCUAAAGUGCACCGCGUUAAAAGAAGACUGAACAGAUUUAUAAUCCAGUUUUCAUCCUCUUUCCAGACUUUAAACAUCCUUUCCCUCCUAAGCACAGCCAGCACUAAAUCUUCAGGCAUUUGUUUACAGCUUAGGGCUGCGCACAGACACAGGCCUGUCCUCCGUUUAUAUAGUGGCAUUUCUUUUGUCAUAAUUGAAUGACUGACUAAUUUCAUAUGUUUUAAUUUAUGGGUUUGUGUUGGUUUGCGUUAGUUAUUUAUUUUAUCUUCUUUAAGUACUGCCAAUAAUAUGAAGUUAGUUCAUUAAUGAAAAUGUUUUUCGAUUAUGUUUUUAGUCCCUGACCUAGUGAAUUAGCAUGACGAUGUGUUUUUUGAUCCUCAAGACUACAAAGCACUUCUAUAACUUGCUCUGGAUAAGGUGGUCCACUAAACGCUGUAAAUAUCCAGUUUACGAUUGGCCGUAUAUUCCAUAUAUAAAAGUCCAGUCAUCCAUGCAAAUUAUGAUUUGAUGUUAUAAGUCAAGGUCUUCAUUAGUUAGUCGUCUUAUGCAUAAAUUUACACACACUCAGGAGCACGACUAGGAUGCGAACAUUUUUACCGAUAUCACAGGGUUUUUACGACUACCAAAUUUUUUUUUGUUUGAAUGCACCUAUGAAUGAUUUACGAAUAAAUCCAUUCGUAUUCAGGUUGAUCAGUUUAUUUUUGCAAAUCAUUAGAAAACGAGAGCAGGACUGCUCUGAUCAGUAAAACUUCAUGUUGUUGGGAUGGAGACACUGACAUGAGAGGGUUUUCUUUUUUUCUCUCUCUACGAAUGACAUUUUUAGCAAUGUUAGCACCUGUUUUGAUUUAAUUUCUUCUUCUUUUUUCUCUUUGCAGGUGGUUCUGCUGAAUCGUACAUUAGCAGAGCGAGGUUUAGCUACGUGGGUGGACAGUUUCUGAUCCCUUGCCCUCGUGUUCUUCUCUCACUCUUCAUCCCCUCCUUCACUUUUUAGACCCUGCCUACCUGAAGUGCACAUCACUGGCUAGCAGAAAAUUACACUUUUUUUUUUUUUUUCUUUUUUUUUUCUUUUUUUUUAAGGUUUUGGUUUCUACUCCCUUUCAAAAUAAAUUAAUGUACUGUACAAGGGGACAAAUAACACAAGUGGAGAUAGCCAAGUGUUGAUCAGAGAACAUCUUGUAAAAAAGAAACUUAAAAAAAAAAAAGAAAAAAAAAAAGAAAUGUCUUCAGUGGUUUAAGAAAUCUAGUAAUUAAAUCAAGUUGAUCGUGGUUUUCCAGCAAGGCUCCUUUGGCACAAAUGUGGACUGUAGAUUUAAGAGCUGUAAUUGUAUAAAAAAAAGAAAAAAGUGUACAUUAAAAAUGUAACAAUGGUGCAGUUUGUAACAAGACUGUUGAUGCUCGGGUUUGCAGCUGAUUUCAGCAACUUGUGCAUACUUUUGUAGCUCGAUCUCAUUAGUUCAUGUUGUUGUCUGAUUUAUUUCCUAAUGGUUCACUACUGCGAUUUUCCUUUGAGGUUGAGGCCCAAUGUCCCAAACACCUGUGCACAUUCAAUGUAUAGAACAGGACUCAUCCAUGUCAUGAAGAAAUACACUCUACAAAGGUGUGUGUUCCUCUACCACAGAGUCUUGUUCAUUAAUGUGGCCUUACGGAGGGAAACAAAAUCCUGCCCUCUGCUGUGCACGGUCUGUGGGACGUGUCCUGCUAAUUGCCUUCAGUGUGAACGUCUCCACAUGCAGCUUGUUUCUCUGUUGCUCUUAUUUAAGAGUCCAUUAUUCAAGAUUUUCUCAUGUAUCUCGAGGAAUACACUAAAGCACUGGCCUGCGCUUCACUUGAACAUGGCUUCACUACACGUUUAUCCUGACCCAUGAUGAAACUUCCACAUCAGAGCAUUGAGGUGCAUCAGAGCUCGGGCUCCUGUUUUGGGUAGACGAACUGCAUAUAGUGUGCUGUCAAUUGUAUGCAUGUAGUCCUGUUCAGAGCACAUCUUUUGAUCCACAAGUCACAUAAACCCACACUUCACUAUCUAGCGUGGCUUUGCGUAAACACCAGAGGAGGUUUGCUCACUUGUUUGUAGUCUGCUAUGCCCACAGUCAGGUUCCUUAGAUCAAAAUGGUCAUCAUGGUCAGUAGCUAAUGUCUGUAGUCUGAAAUGUUUAGAAUGGCCACUUUUUAAUCCGUCUCAUUAUGCUGGCUGCUAAAAUAAGCACUCUGGUAAUACUGGUUUGUUGCAAAAGAAAAAUAGCUUUAAGAAGUCUCAUUCAGGUUUGUUUGUUUUUUUCUUUAGUUGGGUUUGACUUAAGGAAUGCUCUUUUGCUGUAUCGGUAUUUUUGUUUAAAAAAACAAAACAAAAAAGUGUGUAAACCACUGGGGAUUUUUUUUUUUUACUUACAUUUUGUGUGUGUAUGUGUGUGUCAUUGAGUAUGUUGCAUUCAGGGCUCACUCAUCCAGUUUUUCUGCUGCUAUACCACUUCCGUCCUAAUGUUGCCAAUUCCUAACCUGAUGGAAUUUCACCAUCUGUUUGUUCAUUUGUUUUUACGCAAGCACCAAUUUUCCAUUUAUGAUUUGCUCCUAUGCAGUUAUGCGUGUGCUGCUAUUGUAAUUGAUGAAGACAACUGACUGGUUUCAACCGAACUACAAAAACUUGAAUUGUUUUUUCCCUUGAAUUUUGUUUCUUGAUCUAAACAGAUGAUUAUUGUGUGACCCCUGCAGCCUUGUUAACUGUUAAAGAAGGAUGUGUUUCUGUAGGCUGCAAAGGGACGUGCACUUUUCUGUAACCUCACUCUGACUGAAAUGCUAUAGGAUCUGUGGAAUUUUUUUUUUUUUAUUUUUUUUUUUUUUCCCCCCCCCGUGUCUGGUGCUCAGGUUGUUGGGUGUAUUGUAUGAAGUUGGGGGAAGGGGGGAGAGAUUAACACACCAGGCAAUGAUGUACUAAAUAUACUGUAGAAUGUAGUCUAAGAUAUUUCUGCACUAUACAGUCAAACAAGGCAGCACAGCAACAUAAAUGCAGGAAUUUUUUUUUUUUUUAAUUAAAUCUUUUCCCUCAUUUGCAAGUUCAUAAUUCCCAGUUAAUUUCUGACCAUUAGUUCUUUUAUCAGUGCUAGAAGUUCAUGGCCUUUUCUUAUCAAUCUUUUCCAUUGCUGUGUGUCAUCAACCCAUCAUACUUCACUUGUCUGUGUAAAUAAAAUUUCACUGUUCUUUUGUACAACACUGGGAAGAGUGUAUGAAAACAAAGGGAUCAUGUUUUUUUUUUUUUCCUCCCACCCCAACAUCAUGUUCUGUUUAUAGGACUGGUUUGAAGUGUUUUGAUUAGCUAGUUGAUUAAUUAUUUGAUUAUUUGAGUGCAAAGCAAACCUGCCCACAGCAUAACUAUGUACAGGUCAGUUUUUGCUAGACUCAUGAAAAGGUUUGAAUCUUGGUUGUACAGAUCUAUAUAUAUAAAUAUAUAUAAAAAAGAGAAUAAAAUUAUUAAAACAUUCAUCAUCUUGUGUUUUGUGCAAUAGAGCAUUCAAAAUUACUGUCAUUAAAUACGGUUUUUAUUAUUGCAAAACCCACGCAAGGGUUCCUAAACUUUAUAUAUACGCAUGACAAUUCUUUUUCUUUCUUUUUUUAAAAACAUUUAAUUUUCCAGUGUUGGUUCAAAACGUUGCAGAUGUAAGUUUCUGUCACUAGGGGGAGGAAUAAUACAGGCUUUAUUCUGUUAACGUAUAUUGUACAGAAAUAAUACUCUCCAGGGUUAAAUAUAGUUACCGCCAAAAGCAUUGGAAUGGCAAGGCUAAUUCUUUUGUUUUUGCUACACACUGAAGACAUUUGUGUUUGAGAUCAAAAGAUGAAUAUAAUAGUAGACCAGAAUUUCAGCUUUCAUUUCCUGAUAUUUACAUUUAAAGGUGUUAAACAACUUGGAACAUGACACAUUUGGUGGCAGACCUCUCAAUGUUUAGGUGAGCAGAGGUAUUGGGACAGAUAGUAGUAAUGUAAAUAACACUUUAAUAUUUGGUUGCAUAUCCCUUACUUGCAGUGACUGCAUCAAGCAUGUGACCCAGUAACAUCAAGCGGUUGCAUUCCUCUUGUGUAUUGUUUUCUCCACAGAUGCAUUUCUCUGUAAAACGGCAGCUACAAGGUUUUGGGUUUUUUUUUAGCAGACUUCUGAAUUAAUUCUGCUGCUACUAUUGUAAGUUCCAUCAUCAAAAUUAUUUGUGAGUCUAUUCCAGAAGCAGCCUUGCAAGCCCAAGCCAUGACACUACCUCCACUGUGCUUGACCAAAGAGCUUUAUGUUUUGGAUCAUGAGCAGAUUCUUUCUCCACACUUUUAGCCUUUCCAUCACUUUGGUAGAGGUUAAUCUUGGUUCCAGAACUUUUGUGGCUCAUCUUUUUUUUUUUUUUUUUUCUUCGUAUUUCUUUGUGAAUUCCAAUCUGGCUUUCUGAUUCUUACUGCUGAUGAGUUUUGCAUCUUGUGGUAAGGCCUCUAUAUUUCUGCUUUUAUAAGUCUAUGGUGGAUUGUGAUACCUUCACCCCAGUCCUGUGGAGGUUGGUUGUGAUGUCACUGACUUGUUUUGGGGUUUUUCUUCACAGCUCUCAUAAUGAUUCUGUUUUUCUUGGCCUAGCUGAUCAAUGUCUGCUUAUUAGUACACCAGUGGUAGGUUUCUUUUUCAGGACAUUUCAGGUUGUUGUAUUGGCUAUACCCAAUGCUUGUGCGAUGGCUCUGGUUUAUUUUUCCUCUUUUCUCAGCUUCAGAAUGGUUUGAUUUUCUCCCAUAGACAGCUUUCUGGUCUUCAUGUUGGUAUAUCCAUUUUAACAAAAAAUGCAAUCUUCACAGGCAAAAAGCAGGCCUCAAACUAAGAGUAGACAUUCAGAGCUAUUAAUUGUUUAAACAAUCAAUCUAACAGUGCACACACAGGCAACAAGAAACACCUGUCAGUCACAAGGUGCCAUGUUCUUCUAACGUAGAUUUAAAUAUCAGAAGCUGAACUUCUGAUCUAUUGUCUCAUUCAUCCUUUUGAUCACAAACUCAAAUGUCUUCAGUGUAUAGUAUAAACAAAAGAAUUGGCUUUGCUAUUCCAAUACUUUUGGAGAGGACUAUAUAUGCUUGUGUUAAUACAUGUACAAAUGUGUCUUUCUACAAGUGUCUUGCCUACCGUAUUGGUUCUGUAAUCAGAGCACAAUCAAAUACUCUU